AACGUCUUGCUACUUAAUAGUUUUACGGUAGCGACUAGGCAGUGGAAUAAAUUAUUUGUUGCUUAUAGAAAUUAUUCCAUACACAUACUAUUUUUGCUGUCAUAAUUUUAUAUUAUUUCUUGUAAAACUAAAUAUUUCGAUAAAAUGGCUGCUCGUAUGUUUGAUUUUCAAGGAUUACGUGAAACGUUAAUUGAUCAAACUUCUACAGAAUUGGAGUGGACAGAGUCUGAAGAAAGUGACUGUGACAUUUUCACCGAGUUUUUAGAUCAUGAGUUCAUGUAUGAGUCUACAGAUGAUUCACUAUAUUCAAAAUAUAGUCCAAUCAAAGAAACAAUUCCUACUAAUAAUUCUGACUAUUAUUUAGGAAAAGAUAAAAUCACUAAAUGGUAUAAAGUACCGUUAAAAAAACCAGAUCGAGAAUUUUUGGAAAUAUUGAAACCAUCAACUGGAUCUCAUAAUAAUGCUUCUUAUACUAACACUAUUAUUGACUGUUGGCUGUUAUUUAUUGAUGAUAAGAUUUUUGAACUUGUUGUUCAUUAUACAAAUUUAUUUAUUGCUAAAUUACGACCGCUAUUUAAACAGAAACAAGAUUGCAACGAUACAAAUGUAAAAGAAAUUAAAAGUUUUGUAGGUUUACUUGUACUGAUGGGACUGUUAAAAUCAAAAAAUCAAAAUUGUGAUGAGUUAUGGGAACAGUGUGGAUUAGGUGUUGAUGUUUUUCGAUUAACGAUGAGUUUGAGUCGUUUCAAAUUUUUGUUGCGUACAAUACACUUUGAUGAUGAAAAUGAUAGACUCUCCAGAAAAGAAAUUGACAACCUCGUUAUAAUACGCGAAAUCUUUGAAUUGUUUGUUGAAAAUUGUCAAAAAAAUUAUUCUGUUGGUGAUAACAUUACUAUAUGCGAAUUUUUAAUCGAAUAUAAAGGUGAAUGCCCUUCUUAUCUGCAUGUUAAAGAAAAAUUUUCACGGUGUGGGAUGAAAAUAUAUGCUUCUAUUGAUACCAACAGUUUUUAUGUCUCCAAUAUGGUAAUCCAUGUAAAACAACAACUGAAAAGCACUUGCAAAGACUUAAACGAUCCGGAAAAUAUAGUACGAUACUUUGUUACAAAAGUUCAGGGACAGUCACAAAAUAUAAUUUUAAAUACAAGCCUGAGUAGUAUUCCAUUAAUAAAAAAUCUGUAUAAUAAUAAUAGUCAUAUAACUGUCAUUGGAAGUGUCGAUAAAAAUGAUCAGCAAAUUCCAUUAGAAUUCAUUACUAAAUCUAAUAAACCACCAAAUUCAUGUAUGUAUGGAUUUCGAGAAAACAUGAUUUUGUUGUCUUAUUUUUCUAAUAAAAACGAAAACACUAUAUUAUUCAGUACUCCAUCUAAUACUAAUGAUUUUGAUGAAGAAACUGUCGAUCACUCAUCAAUUAUAAAUUCAUAUGAGAAAGCAUUGAACGCUGUCAACAAAAUCAAACAAAUGAUUCAUGAAUAUUCUGUAGCCAGACGAACACGAAGAUAUUCAUUAAGUAUCUGGUUUUAUAUGAUUAACAUCGCCUGUUUAAACAGUUUUAUUGUUUACUGUUCAAAGAGUAAUAAUCAUAUUUCAAGAAGAGAGUUUUUAAAGCAAUUAGGCCUAAGGCUUGUAAAUGAUUCAAUCAAAGAUCGAGCAUCUGACAAAUACCUUGCUAAGCAAUUGCGAGAAAAUGCCGCUCAAUUUUCAUCAACACAGCCUUUUCAUCCCCAAAUUUACAAUGAAGUUGAAAACAAAGCUAUGCGUUGCACUGUAUGUCCUCGAAAACGAGACAUUAAAGUACGGACAUUCUGUUACCAAUGCAAAUUACCCAUGUGCAAAAAACAUAUGUCAUCAGUUUGCGAAAACUGUGUAAAUUCAGCCCUUAACGUCACAUAAAAAAUCAUUGAUUUUAAAUUUCUUGUUGAUUCUUACUUUAAACCAAUGCUUCCAGAUAAUAAUAAUAAUAAUAAUAAUAAUAAUAAAUGCUUUGAUCAAAAAAUUUUUUAUUUUCAAUAGAAUAUCAAAUAUUUUAUUAUUUUUAGUAAUUAGAUUCAUCGUAUAAAUGUCCAUUUAUUAAUUGCAAGUAAUUAUUAAACUCGUAAACUGAGUUUUCAAUCAAAUAACUUAUUUCUAGAUCUUUAUUACGAUUGUAAUUGACAUAUAUUACUAAAAGUACUGGGAGAACUUGAAAAAAUGAGCAAAUAAAUAUUCUC